CCAAAUCACAAAAACAAACGUUUCACCGUCGUUCUGCGCCGCCCCCGAGCUCUCUCUCUGUCUCUCUCUCUCGUCGUCGCUCAUCACAGAAGAGGUUUUUCGCUGGGUAACAAUGGCGGGCUGGCAGAGGAAUCUACAGCUGAUUCGUCACGUCGCGAGAAGAGUGAAGAACAGUAACAUUUCAACAGCCCAUUACUCUUCAGCUCGCAAUUUGGAAUCUCCUUUCUCGAAAGUAGGUUACUUGCAGGGUCUCCUGAGACCAACCUACUCUUCAACACCACUGCAUCACUAUCUACAACAAGUGGGCAUUUCUACCUCGAGAACAUUUAAGGCUAGUGAAGAGCCUAUAUCAUCACCUUUGUCAUCUCCAGCUCUGUUGGGUAGUGGCAAAGAAGAAGAGCAGAAGAUUAUCCCAAAGCGUAAAAAAGUACAGGCUGUACUCAAAGCCAUAAAGCAGAGUCCUAAGAAGGUCAACCUAGUUGCAGCACUAGUGCGUGGUAUGCGCGUUGAAGAUGCUCUUAUGCAACUUCAGGUCACAGUUAAACGGGCUUCCCACACUGUGUACCGGGUUAUCCACGCUGCUCGAGCAAAUGCUUCUCAUAACCAUGGACUAGAUCCUGACCGUCUCAUCAUUGCUGAAGCCUUUGUUGGGAAGGGACUCUUCAAGAAGAGGAUAUCUAUCCAUGGAAAAGGGAAAUGCGGGUUGAUGAUAAGACCAGAGUGUCGCCUAACUGUCAUAGUUAGGGAGAUUACUCCUGAGGAAGAAACUGAGAUUGCGAAGCUCAAAGUUCAUAACUUCAAGAAGCUAAGCAAGCGGGAGAGGAGGCUUGUCCCCCACAAGCUGAUUGAGACAACUCCAAUCUGGAACCGUAGAGGCACUAAAGCUAGUCAUCGGUCCUCGGAGCUGGUGCCAUCUCGCUAGUGUCUUCUUUGUUCCUUGAUGGUUGGUUACAAGGAGAGGCUUGUCUUCUCUAUGCACCUUCUUUGCUUUUUGGUUUGGUAUUGUUCUGGUACUUAAUAGGACCGGUUUAUUUAUUUGCAUUUCAAUAAAAUGUUGUAAGAACAAACCAAAUCGUUAGAUUUGAACUAAGGUAUAAUCAGUAGACCUCA